UAUGGUGACAGCGUCCUGGCAACAACUCUCAGCAGCUGCUUUUUCCUCCAUCAACCAGGCCUAGUGGCAGCAGGCCCAGCAGAGAGGGAGAGGACCUGGCUGCCGCCAGCAGCAGGAAAGGACGGAUGGACACCCGAGCCGUCUAGCUGCAGUCUGCAAAUCUGCAUACGGCUACCACAGAAGUAAAACCACGCUAAAAAGCUGAGCGGAGACAUCCAGCAGAGAGGCUGCUAGGAUGCAGGGGAAGGAUAGGCAGCCAUGUCCUCCCCUAAUUCAGCACUGACAUAAAUUAUUGGAUAGGAAAUGGCACAGCGAAGUCCCAUCUUUCCAACACUUGGUCCUACUGAAAGACGGAUUCGAAAUAUACCACUCCAUAGCCAGGCUUUGACAGCAGUUCCAUUAGCAUCUGCGAGUCUAGUGGAUCAGCUAGAAGACAGAAUUCUAAGCCAUGAGAAAACAACCGCGGCCCUUGUGGAACACGCGUUUCGCAUUAAGGAGGACAUUGUUUCCACUCUGCAUAGAAUGCAGAACAAAGGGGGAGGAGAUCGGUUGGCUAGGCAACUCUUAGAAGAACACAUCCGAAACAUAACUGCAAUAGUGAGGCAGCUUAAUCGGGACAUUGAGACGCUUCAGGAACAAAUACGUGUCAGAGAUAACCUCAGCUAUGGAACUAAUUCUACCCUGAAGAGUUUGGAAAUGCGGCAACUCUCUGGUUUGGGAGAUCUUCGGGGGAGGGUUGCAAGGUGUGAUGCUGGUUUGGCCCGACUGUCUGCAGAGCAUAAGAUUACAUAUGAAAGACUUCAGAGCUUGAGCAAAGACCAACAAGCUUCUAAAAUGAUCUUAGAAUCAAAAAUCAAAGAGGCAGAAAUACAGAUUUCUCACCUUCUGAGUCGAGUAGAGCAGUCAAUAAUGCAGCAAGAAGCAAAGCUUAAGUUUGCAUACAAAGAAAGCAACCAACAGCUCCACCUUCUGGACACAAAAUUAAAAAAUGCAGUUGAGGAAUUGAGCACCCAGAUUUUGUCUGCACGUACCUGGCUGGAACAGGAACAUCAGCGGAUUGAAAAAGAUCUUUUACAGAAAAUUGAACAACUGUCAUUGACCAUUAAGGAAAACACUGAAAUGAGUGAAAGUGCCAUUGAGAUGAAAUUCAGCCAGCUCUCAGUGAAACUUGAUAAAAUAGAAGAAAUUCAAAAAAUAACUAUGGAAGCACAUGGAACAAAACAGACUGAAGAUAAAAUAAAUGUUCGAAUCAGCAAGCUUCAAAAUGAAAUUAAUGAAGAUAUAAAAGAAAUGAAAGCUGAAGUUAAUGCCGGCUUUGCAGCUAUCUACGAGAGCAUUGGGUCCCUGCGGCAGGUUUUAGAAGGUAAAAUGAAACUUGACAAGGAUGAACUACAGAAACAGAUUCACCAAAUGAAGCAGGAAAUACCAACGUGGGGAGAAUCAGGUCCAUGACUGAUUACAAACUUUUGUCUGAACGAAGGGCAUGUACAUGUCUAAAUAGACAGGCUGUAAUCCCAAUUCAAACUGUAAUCUAAAUUAAAUGCAUGUACCAAAUGACAUGAGCUUCUGUUCCACAGGUCUGUAUCUUUACUGUAAGUGGCAUAUGCAAACUUUUGAUAGCUAAAUUGAUAAAUACUUCUUAAUGACUAAAGCCAUGGAUAGCCAUUGCAUCACUCCAGUUGGUUUCAGUGGAGUUGGUGAUAUAAAACGAGAGAAUCGCAUUGCUGAAGGUGGUGCCAAAUUUGUUAAAGGAGCUUCAGUGCUGCCCCUGUUUUCAUGGGCAUGUUUGGGGAGUUACGUUCUGAAAUGUCAGCACUUUCUUGUAUUAUUAAUUCAAAGUUCUUUUUAAAAUACCCAAUGUAAGAGAAAAAAAAAUCCCCAAAGAUUAAUAUCACUUGGUAGUUCAACAUCCAGCUAGAUUUUGCUACAUUUGAAGUCAAUGGACAGUCUCUCUUUGGUUUCAUUUGGAACAGAACUGGCUCCUAAUUAACCAUUUAAAAAAAAUCCAGAUCCCAUCAGAGAAUAAUGUAUUUGCUUCAUUUAAAAAUAUUUUGUGUGUGUGUAUAUAUGUGUCAACUAGAUAGUGAUUUUAUAGUUAUAGGCUAAAAUUAAUCUGUUUAGCAACAUAGGAAAUUUAACAUUUAUGUUGUCCUUAGGUGUUGUGACCUUUAAAAAUAUUAAAUAGAUAAAAAUGAGAUGGGGUUAAAGAUCUGUAUGCAGUAUUUUACUAAUAUCAGUUGUGUACUUGUGCCUUCUUUCUUUAUGUCAGUAAAACUUUGAGGGCUUGAUGUCAAUUGAAAGAGUGAUAAUCCAAACAAUUCUGGAAAAUAUCAGGUAAAAAUAAGAUGCGUUGUAUCAUGAAUUAUCAUCAAGUAGGAAUUUUUAUUACUGAUGUUAAGACCACUGACCCCUCAAAUUUAAUUAAUAUAUUUAGAUUUUAAUAACUUAGCAUGCAUAAGUAGAUUCAAAUUGGUAAUACAUUUACAGUAUUUCCAAAGAGUAUUUUAAUCUCUUAAUGUACUUUACUGGUGCUUAUUUGAAUUUCCGUAAUAGAUUACACAAUGAAAAUGAGCACCAACACUGUAUAGUAAUCUAGAUGGAAAAAUAAAUAUUUUAUAUUUCAUUUAGGACCUAAUCUUAUUCCUGUUCCCUUCAAGUGGUACAGGAUCAAGCAUAUAUAGUCUCAUCCAGUACUACUCAUUGAAGUUAGCAUGAGCCUUGGCAUUAUUUUAAGCAAGUUUUUGCUUAUGUCCAUAUUGCCAAAUGCUUUUUCUAUUUAAUAGUCUGUGGUAAACCCUUGUGAUUUGUCAGGAACAAGGGUUUGGCCCACAUAGUUUACAGGGGUUAGGGUCCCAAUCCUGCAAAAACUUAUCCUUUUUGAGUUCAUUAGACAAUCAGAAGGCAGGGUAGGUAUGCACCUUUAGAGACUACUUAUAAAGUUUAUAGACUAUUCAUUAGACAAUAACAUGUGUCCAAUAAAGUAAAUGUAUAAGUCUUGACAGGAUCAAGGCCUACGUUUGCAUUCACUGCCAAUAUAGCCAAACAAAUUUUUAACGUAUUAUUGAGCAGAGCUUAAGAUUUUGCAGCUUCAAUUUCCGAUACUAAUAGCAAAUGUGACUCGAAGUUCUACUUUGUAUCAUUCAGCUGGCCUCAGGCUGUGAAGUGUAAUUAAAAUGGCAGCUAGAGAUAAGAGCUCUGUACUUUCAAAGAAGAUGGUGAAACAUAUACAGGUAUUUCUUAAAAGUUGUUUUGAAAAUUCCUUUUUCUUGAUGUCUGUCUUCUUAACUAGUAAAUAUUUAGCCAUGUAUGGUGGAGAAGAAAGUACUGGUGUUUUGUAAAAACAAAAAACCAAAAUAUUUUUCUUCUGUAAUGGCAAAUCUGUAACAAAGAGAUUACAGAAAACGAACAAGCGUACAGGAAGUCGGAGAAACAAUUUAUAUAUGAUUUUAAUAAAAAUGUUUCUCUUGUAA